GGGCGGCGCAGGGGAGCGAGAGCCGCCUUUCCAGUUCCCAACUACGAGCCGCGAGUUUGUAGAUGGGGCUGCUCGGCGGCGCCUGCGGCUGAGGAAGAGCAGCGGCGGCCGGCAGACGGGAGCGGCGGCGGCGGCGCGGAGGCGGCCGAGGUGCGAGCCGCAGCAAUGCAGCAAGUGUUGGAUAAUCUUACGGAGCUGCCCUCAUCUACUGGAGCAGAAGAAAUAGACCUAAUUUUCCUCAAGGGGAUUAUGGAGAAUCCUAUUGUAAAAUCACUUGCUAAGGCUCAUGAGAGGCUAGAAGAUUCAAAACUAGAAGCCGUUAGUGACAAUAACUUGGAAUUAGUUAAUGAAAUUCUUGAAGAUAUCACUCCUCUAAUAAAUGUGGAUGAAAAUGUGGCAGAACUGGUUGGUAUACUCAAAGAGCCUCACUUCCAGUCACUCUUGGAGGCCCAUGAUAUUGUGGCAUCAAAGUGUUAUGAGUCACCUCCAUCAAGCCCGGAAAUGAAUAAUUCUUCUGUCAAUAAUCAGUUAUUACCAGUAGAUGCCAUUCGUAUUCUUGGUAUUCACAAAAGAGCUGGAGAACCAUUGGGUGUCACAUUUAGGGUGGAAAAUAAUGAUCUGGUAAUCGCCCGAAUCCUUCACGGAGGUAUGAUAGAUCGACAAGGUCUGCUUCAUGUGGGAGAUAUCAUUAAAGAGGUCAAUGGCCAUGAGGUUGGAAACAACCCAAAGGAAUUACAAGAACUACUGAAAAAUAUCAGUGGAAGCGUCACCCUAAAAAUUUUACCAAGCUAUAGAGAUACCAUUACUCCUCAACAGAGUUGCAUCAAUUUGGAGAGGCAUCCAGCACUCGUCCGUCAGGUAUUUGUGAAAUGCCAUUUUGAUUAUAAUCCAUACAACGAUAACCUGAUACCCUGCAAAGAAGCAGGAUUGAAGUUUUCAAAAGGAGAAAUUCUUCAGAUUGUGAACAGAGAAGAUCCAAACUGGUGGCAGGCUAGCCAUGUAAAAGAGGGAGGAAGCGCUGGUCUCAUUCCAAGCCAGUUCCUGGAAGAGAAGAGAAAGGCAUUUGUUAGAAGAGACUGGGACAAUUCAGGACCUUUUUGUGGAACCAUAAGUAGCAAAAAAAAGAAAAAGAUGAUGUAUCUCACAACCAGAAAUGCAGAAUUUGAUCGUCAUGAAAUUCAGAUAUAUGAGGAGGUAGCCAAAAUGCCUCCUUUCCAGAGAAAGACAUUAGUAUUGAUAGGAGCUCAAGGCGUGGGACGAAGAAGCUUGAAAAACCGGUUCAUCGUGCUGAAUCCGACUAGAUUUGGAACCACAGUGCCAUUUACUUCACGGAAACCAAGGGAAGAUGAAAAAGAUGGCCAAGCAUAUAAAUUUGUGUCACGGUCUGAGAUGGAAGCAGAUAUUAAAGCUGGAAAAUAUUUGGAACAUGGAGAAUAUGAAGGAAAUCUCUAUGGAACCAAGAUCGACUCUAUUCUUGAAGUUGUCCAAACUGGACGAACUUGCAUUUUAGAUGUCAACCCACAAGCUCUGAAGGUGCUCAGGACGUCCGAGUUCAUGCCCUACGUUGUGUUCAUUGCUGCCCCGGAACUGGAGACGUUACGUGCCAUGCACAAGGCCGUGGUGGAUGCUGGCAUCACUACCAAGCUUUUGACAGACUCUGACUUGAAGAAGACAGUGGAUGAAAGUGCACGGAUUCAGAGAGCGUACAACCACUACUUUGAUCUGAUCAUUGUAAAUGACAAUCUAGACAAAGCCUUUGAGAAACUCCAAACUGCCAUAGAGAAGCUGAGAAUGGAGCCGCAGUGGGUCCCAAUCAGCUGGGUUUACUGAUGAUUCAAUAAGGUUCACAACUAAAAUAAAACUUUUAAAAAGUGACUGCAACAAAUAAACCUUCUCCUGAGAAAGUACAUGCACAGAUAGAAGACACUUGCCAAGUCCAGGCAUUUUUAUUGUGUAGAUUGAAAUACCAGUACACUAUUCUGAAUUUUUAUAUAAGAUGAGGUUGGGAAGGUGUACUAGUAUAUAAUUUAUCUUAAUUUUUCUAACUUUUUAUGGAUAAUCUUUCUAUUCAUAUCACAUAAAGAAAUGCGUUGAAGCAUUUUGUAUCUGUUUUGAUUUAGUACCCUUGCCUUUUUCAUCAAAGGAAUUUUUCAAAUCAUUCGCUCUAACAUUAGUCUCAUAUUUUCACUGUGAUAAUGAAUACUUGAAAUAGUUUUGUAAGGCUGUCAUUUAGUUCAGUAUUUAGUGAAAGGUCAGCUACUCUUAUUAGGAGAAAAUAGUAGUUUAUUGGCCUUCUUUCCUAGUAAGUAUAAUUUCUUGCAGAAGCAGAAUUUUAAUGUCAGCAUCACAGCUCAUCUUCUACUCUACCGAUCUGACAUCUGAAGUCUGCUCAGUGCUACACAGUUUCAUCACUUCAGAGAUGUAUGGCUCUCCGUUCUAACGUCCACACCUACAUUUGUUUUUUGCCCUUCUCUCUCUCGUGAAAAAAACUGAAGAGCAAUACCUUGCACUCUCGUGUGUUGCAGUGACAGGCUGACGCCUUGUUAAUACGUACACAGUAAAGCAAGGCUGUGCAGGCUGAGAGAGUGCCUUACCCUGCAAAACCUUACAGCAAAACAACACUGAAAGUUGAUUUAUUUGUCCAUGUAAAUGUUUCGCCAACAAAAAUGAACCUAUUGCUUUAUACAGUUUUUUAUUAGAAUACGGUCAGCAAAUGUUUCAUGCCUCUGAAAAUUUCUGUGAUGCUGAAAAAUGUCUCAAGUUUGUUACUGGGGGUUUUUGUGUACAGUCAGUGGGCUUUUUGACGUGAUGUGAUCAUUAGGGUUUUGUUUAGUUUGCUGUGUUGAGAACCAAAUCCAUUGAAAAUUUUAUGAAAUUUGGAAAUAAUUGUCAGCUGUUUUAUCUCAAUGUAAUAUAUACAUUGUAUAAUAUGUACAGUGUAUAUAUUAUAUAAUAUACAUUGAUGUUUUAUGUAUUUUUUAUAGUUCUGUUAGGAAAAGCACAUUUUUGUUUGAUGACGAGGAAACAGUUCUCCUUCUUUAGAUGCGUUAACGUGUACAGAGUUCCAAGAUUCACUUCAGUUGAUUCACUUUAGGAUUCUUAGAUGGUAUAAAUUCUUUUAAAACAUAUUCAGAGAUGCAGCCCAUCCUUAAACCAAGUUAGCCAUAGUUUAUAUUGCUCUUAGCUUUUCGCAUAAACAGCAUUCACACGUAAAGGGUUCGGUGCUUCAGUCUCAGUGGUCAUCUUGGUCUGGUGGUGAGCGCCGGACACUACCUGGCUGCCAGAUUUGGUUUCCCCUCAUCAAAGCUGCCGCAUGGAAAGGCAGCAGGGAGCACGUGGUGGGAGGAGAAAAUACAUGGCAAUAAGCAUCAUGCACACACUGUUCUUUUUCACAAGAAAACCAAACACUCAAUUUGCUGUAUGGUUAAGAUUGGAAAUCCAUGGGUUGAAAUGGGAGUUCCAGCAUUUUAUAUCCAGAACACAAAUUAAUGUUCUUUGUCCUAGGUUAGGAAGUUAGGGGCAAACUAGAGCAUACUCUUGAUCACUUUGGUAACUUUUAAAACCACAUACAGUUAGAUCAAAUUCUCGGCUUCUCAAAGCAACGUGAAUCUAAGCAUGGUGUCAAAAAUGAUGUCCCAUGACUAAGUGUCUCAACACACUGUAAAUUUUAGAGAAAUUUUAUUUCCACGUUCUCAGGAAAUGUGCCGUCUUCUGCAGUGUGCCUUCAUGCUGCUGGGUGGAGCCUCUUUGGAAUCAUUGUAGCAGCUCAAAAAGCUUAUCCACAAAAUAUUUCACCCAUCUUGACACAAUAGAGAUGAGUUUUACAUCACAUAUAUUUUUAAGCCUUAUCAUAAAAUGUGUAUAAAAAUGCCCAUUAUUUAGAAAAUAGUCUACACUUUAAAGGAAUUAUUUCUAUUAUAAAUGGCAUUCAUGACUGACUACUUAGUUAAUACACAGUAGAUUCCUCCUAAUGUAAAAUGGAACAAUGCAGCUUAUUUCGUUUCGAUCUAGACACCAGAGCUAAAGAGGUUAGAUUUAGGAAAAGUUCAUUUAUUUCAAUAAAGAGCCACUAAACUUGAAA